CACAGAGAGAGAGAGAGAGAUAGUACUUACAUCAAAGGUGUUCUCUUACACUCCCUAAGAAAACAAUAGCUCACUAUUGUUUGGUGCUGCAAUAAAAGGCUAAAAAAACCAUGAAAUUUGGAAAGGAAUUCACAGCACAAAUGGUGCCUGAAUGGCAAACAGCAUACAUGGAUUACAAUCAACUUAAAUCCCUUUUGAAAGAAAUCCAACACUUCAAGCAAAGAACCAAGCCACCAGCAACCCCAGCCGGUCUUAAACGAAAGCUCACACUUUAUAGAGCUUUUAGUGGCUUAACACAAAGAUACAACCACCCCACAAGCCCAUCAUCAGCUUCUGAUGACAUUGAAAGCCAAGCCAUUCUUGUUAAUUCUGUGAACCAUGGUGGCUCGCAAAGUUAUCAAACUUCGUUUCUCAUGUCCUCCGAUGAAGGUGGUGAAUAUGAAUUGGUUUACUUUAGGAGACUUGAUGAUGAAUUAAAUAAAGUGGACAAGUUUUACAAGGCUAAAGUGGAGGAGGUGAUGAAGGAAGCAGCUAUGCUGAACAAGCAAAUGGAUGCUUUGAUUGCUUUUAGGAUCAAAGUGGAGAAUCCUCAAGGUGGUUUUGAUAGGUCUGUGGAGAUGACUCGUCUUGCUUCUGAUGUUGCUGCUUCAGCUGCUGCGUUGGCUGCUUCUACACCAAAAGGGGCCAGAGCAAGCUUUAGAAGAGUACCCAUGGCCAUGGAUGUGAUUGAAGAGGGUCCGAGCAGCCAUAGACCAUCAUCGGAUGAAUCAAGUGAUGAUAAAGAUGACAAAGAGGAUGAAAUUGUCAACCCAAAGGUUCAUAAACAGAAGCCAAAUAACCUGAAGGCCACUAGACCAGCUCCUCUUGAAAUACUUAGUCAAGUGAAAAUGAACAACACUCUAGAGACUCCUCGUUCAACCAUUAAGGGCUUACUCAAGCACCCUGUGCAGACAGAGCUGAAUUUUACCAAGGAAAAUUUGAGAAAAGUUGAAGAUCAACUUAAGCGAGCUUUUGUUGAAUUUUACCAAAAGCUUAGGCUUCUAAAGAACUAUAGCUUCCUGAAUACACUGGCAUUUUCAAAGAUCAUGAAGAAAUAUGAUAAGAUCACUUCAAGGAAUGCAUCAAAAUCUUACAUGAAAAUGGUGGAUAACUCCUACCUUGGAAGCUCUGAUGAGAUUACCAUACUUAUGGAAAGGGUUGAAGCUACAUUCAUCAGACAUUUCUCCAAUUCUAACCGCACCAAAGGCAUGAAAGUCUUAAGACCCCGGGCAAUGAGAGAAAGACAUAGGACAACAUUUUCCACUGGUUUUUUGGCUGGCUGCUCUGUAGCUCUGAUAUUAGCCCUUAUUUUAAUUAUUUGCGCACGUAAUAUCAUGGAUAAGCCAGCGGCAACAAAGUACAUGGACACCAUGUUUCCCCUUUACAGCUUGUUUGGAUAUAUAGUUCUGCACAUGAUUAUGUAUGCUUCCAAUAUAUACUUCUGGAGGCGAUACCAAGUCAAUUAUUCCUUCAUAUUUGGAUUCAAGCAAGGAACCGAGUUGGGGUAUCGAGAAGUUCUCCUCCUCGGUUUUGGUCUUGCAGUGUUAGCACUAGCCAUUGUGCUCUUGAACCUUGACAUGGAGAUGGAUCCAAAAACAAAAGAUUAUGGAACAUUCACCGAACUUCUGCCUCUGAACUUGGUUUUUUUUGUGUUCAUCAUAUUAUUCUGCCCAUUUAACAUCAUGUAUCGCUCAAAUCGUUUCUUCUUCCUUACAAGUCUCUUUCACUGUAUCUGUGCUCCUUUGUACAAGGUGACACUCCCAGAUUUCUUCUUGGCAGAUCAGUUCACUAGCCAGGUGCAAGCCUUGAGAAGUUUUGAGUUCUACAUUUGUUACUAUGUUUGGGGCGACUUCCAGCACAGAGAGAACAGGUGUGAAGAAAGCAAAGUAUACGAAACUUUCCUUUUCAUUGUUGCAGUAAUUCCAUACUGGUCUCGAUUCCUUCAGUGUCUCAGGCGCCUGUAUGAAGAGAGAGAUCCUAUGCAAGGAUAUAAUGGCAUUAAAUAUUUUCUGACUAUUGUGGCUGUUAUCUUGAGGACUGCUAAUAGUCCUGAUAAGGUAAUGGGUUGGAAAUUAUUAGCUGGGAUUUUCUCAGCCAUUGCAGCAAUUGUUGCUACAUACUGGGACCUUGUUAUAGAUUGGGGGCUUCUUCAACGUCGAUCUAAGAACCGUUGGUUGAGAGACAAGCUAUUAGUCCCUCACAAAAGUGUAUAUUUUGGAGCAAUGGUGUUGAAUGCGUUGCUGAGGUUUGCAUGGAUGCAGACUGUAUUGGGUUUCCAAGUGUCUUCCUUACAUAAAAAUUCCUUAAUGGCCAUUGUAGCUAGCCUAGAGAUCAUUCGUCGUGGCAUAUGGAAUUUCUUUAGAUUGGAGAAUGAACAUUUGAACAAUGUUGGCAAGUACCGAGCUUUCAAGUCUGUGCCACUACCCUUCAACUAUGACAAAGAUGAAGAUAAAGAUGAAUAGGUUGUUUCAACUUCCUACAUAAAUAGGAGUAAUAAAUUAUAUAUAAGAUCAAGGAAAAUGAGGAAAGUUCAAAUUAUUCUAAAAACUACAAUUUUUUUUUUUUUUUUUUUUUUUUUCAUGGGAGUUGUUGACAAUUGAGAGGGAGGUGCAUUAAUUUCUUUAUGAAGGCAGUCCAUGACCAUGACAGUCUCACAUGAUGUAUUUAUGUUGAUAAUUUCAAUUUUUAUGUUCCUUUUUCCUUAAUAAUAAUAGAUUUUAAUCUUCCA